UCUACAGUUCUUCUAAUAUACACUUCCUCUAAUUCAGCCUCUAACCUGGUCAAAAACAGCCCUAAACCUAGCUGUUAAAACCGCCGAGUUAUCUGUGCACUAAUAUGGGAUUAUCUCCAAACUUUACUGCUGAACUUUGAAAUCUGUCAAAAGAUAAAUUUGUUCCCGAACAUUCCUCUACAAUUUAUGUUUGAGUUACAUCCUCAUAUUUAGCCCUUAACAUGGUCAAAAUUUGCUCUGAAUAUGUCGGAUUCUGCCUGGAACUGGGACUUUUCAGUUACUUACGUAAACCUGCCAACUUGCAUUUAAUUAUCUCCAAAUUACAUUACUAAACUUCAAAAUAUGUAAAAACAAAAAUUGUAGAAGGAACAUUCCUCCAUACUUUUCAUGUUGGUUACUGUCUCUAAUUCUUCCUCUAUCAUUCUCAAAAGUAUCCUGAACAUUAGGGUGACGGUGAUGUGCAGCGUGCGCCGGUGACGGAGUACUUAAUGUCCAUCGGCGAGGAGUGUAGUCAUUGUGUUUGCGGCGACAGAUAGACCGAAGUAUGCCUUAUCGUGCAUGCGCUCAUCGAGUAUCAGACGAUGUCGUUUGUCAUGUAAACUUCUCUGUGUAUGUAUCAGAAAACCGGACGGAUCACGCUCAUGGAUCCAGGCCAGGAGAAAGGCAGUAGUCCUCCAUUUGCUAUUUUGACAAAUGUGCCACGAACGGAUGAGGAAACAAAGGAGAUUAAGAGGCAGCGGGAGCGAGCACAUUUUGCUUCAUUAUCUGCCGAGCAGAGGAAUGAGCGUAACAAGAGGAAACGUGAGUCAUACAGGAGGAAGAAGGAGAUGUGUAUGAAUAUAGAAAAUGAAAAUACGAUGCCGGACGAACCACAUCAACAAGAAGAGAACAACUUAGGGUCCGGCAAUGAAGUCGUAAAGAUCAGGGCUACAUUCGAUACUCCCGACGUUGGAUGCAAACAGGGGUUAGUUGAAGCUCAUGAUAUCAUUGAGCAGGAUGUCACGACCCAAACUUAUGAAAACAUGAUUAAAAGCUAAUACCACGUCAUCAUGAGCAUCACCCCAUCAUA